AGCGGCCGAGCUCGCCAGAAAGCCGGUUCGGAGGCGGCAGUGACGCGCGUGAGUUGCAGGGUCUCCUUCGGGGUCAGGGCGGCUGGUGAGUUAUCAUGGCAUCCAGUUCAGAAAGUCCACUCCCUACCUAUGAAACAGACGACAGCCAAACCUCAAAACUAAUAAGAAAAUCCCGGGAGUCUCCAUUUGUCCCAAUUGGCAUUUCAGGUUUUGCAGCCGUUGUGGCCUAUGGGCUGUACAAGCUGAAGCACAGAGGGGACACCAAAAUGUCCGUUCAUCUGAUUCAUAUGCGUGUAGCAGCACAGGGCUUCGUUGUGGGGGCCAUGACCUGCGGUGUCCUUUAUUCCAUGUAUAAAGAAUACUGGGCCAAGCCCAAGCCCUAGGAAGCCAUCAGUUGAAACCUGUGUGUGCUGGUGUUCUUAUGUACUCUCUAGCGAUAGACCUCACAUGGAAAUGGCUCUGCAGUGAUAACAAGCACAAGGGAGCGGCUCUGUAACUCUAUCCACGUCACGCACGGUGUUAACCUCUACGCUGCUAGUGUUGCUCUACAUUAAGUUGUCAGUGACUUCAAACCUGUUCUUCUCUUUGGCUUGAGUGACACCAUCAGCUGAUACUUUUUUAAAAAAUAGCAUCCAACCCUUCUUCGCUAUGCAUCCCUGGCACUUAGGCACUCUGUGGCUUAGAGGUCCAGAAUUGCCUCUUCAGAAGCUGUUCCUUUACUUUGCGAAAUAAUCAAGCGAGACAAUGUUGGUAGAGGUGUACAGGGUUUAGCAGAACACAAAAUCUAACUCUCUCUCACUGAAUUCUUUAAACUCCCUUGGAACAAAUGUUGUGGACAAGCGACUCUUACCAUAGAUUAAAUUAUUUGCUAUCUUUUAUUUAUUGCACAAUAUUAAAUUCUAAAAUUCACUUAUUUUCACCGGAGGGCAUUGCAGUUUCUUGAAUUAUUUUUAAAAUAAUAAUAAUUGCACACUCUGUAUUGCAUAUAUUUUAAAGAGGCUUGUUUGCGCAGGGUGGGGGCCCAAUAUAGAAAACCCUUGUAGUGAAAUUACGGGGCCAAAUCAAAAACAGACCAUGGUUCUCAACAUUUGAUGGAAAACGUGGAAUGUUGAGACCUUGGUAGUGAAACAAGAUCUCCUGGGCAGGGGAUUUGGUUGUGCCCGCCCCCAGUAGCUAGCCAAAAUGAUGUUGUUGCCACCAACUGAUCCUCCUCCUGAGCAGGUGAGGUCUUGAUUGUCACAUCACCCCAAACCUCAAUGUUGAAGCCAGCCCCCUGUCUUCCUCGCCAGCUCAAAGCUGCAGGAGGAGACGACGCCAAGAAUACUCAGAACCUUGAACUGGCUCCCUCAGUGGUUCAGCAUGAAGUUGGGGAGAUUGCUUGCCCUUCAAUAAGUUUUUUUUUUUAAAAAAAAAUGUAUUUGUUAGCAGUCAGAUGAUGGUGAUUAUAUCCCCCCCAAAAUUCACUAAGCACUGUCGUCAUCCUGUUGCUCACAACUAAUUAAUGGGACUUAACAGCUGUGGCUGAAAUGGAAUUUCAGGUCUAUAAAAUUUCUGCCAGGCUGCCUGCAUUCCUUGAUUAUAUCAUAAUGUCUGAGUGAUGUUAAAUAAUGCAGUGUAAAUCUAAUUCAGUGGCUCUGGUUUUAUUAAAUAUAUGUACAUGAGAACAAUUGUACUCUCCCACAAACCA